CCCAGUGAGUCGUGGAGGAUGGCUGCUUAUACUGAGCCAGGAUCCUCUGGAGGUUUCUUCCUGUUAAAAGGGAGUUUUCCUCUCCACUGUCGCUUUAUGCUUGCUUAGUAGAGGAUUGCUGUAAAGACUUUGACACUAGUCAGUGACUUGAUGCAACCUGCUGGGUUCUUUAUAUAGAAAACUUCUGACUGAUUGGCUUUAUGAACUGACCUGUACUGGAAUGUUUACUUUGUGAAGGGCCUUCAGACGACUUAUGUCAUAAUUUGGCGCUAUGUAAAAAAAUUUAACUGAAUGAAAUUUCAGGUCCGAGGACUUAACAAAAGUUGUUUUCUGGUCAGUGUUUGCAGGUGGUGAGUGGCGUCAUGAGUGUUGGUGUUGGACUUCUGUUUGCUGUGACGCAGGACAUGCAGCAGUCCUUUCUCACUCUGUUCAGAGUCUCACACCUCACUGGAGCUCUGGUAAUUUUCAGCUCAAAUCAUAUUAAAAAAAUGAACGAAAUCCUCUCUAAUCUCUGUUCUCCUCUACAGUACAUCUGUGCUGGACUUGUUACCAAUCUGUUGUUUAAAUAUCCAUCAUUAUUAGCUGUGUCCUUUGUGCUGAACUGCGGCUGCAUCAUUGUGGGUGUUAUUGGAGCUAUUCUGAUAAGUGCUGAUGUAGCUCUUUGGAAGACAGAUAAUGAACCAUUUAUGAGAAUGGAGGUGCUGCAGCUUUGCGUGCUGGGUCUGGAGGUCUUCCUAUCUGCAGUUCUUUGCUUCUGGUUUGUUAAGGAGAAACCACCAAAAUCUACUGAAAGAUCAACUUAACUACAUGGUGGCAUGUUUGUAAAGACCCUACAUGUAGAGACAAAACAAGAAGACUUCACUCUUAAGUAGAACAGAAUAUUUCAUGCUUUCAAGUGCGGCUUUUUGCUGCUUGUAUUAAUGCAACCCCCAGUCCUCGUCCUCAGCAACAGACCAGGUUGUGGUCUACGUGUUAAGUUCUGACACUGGCAGCAAACAUGAGAGUUGUGGUGGAGGUGUCACUUCCUCUCAAAUGAGGAAAAACACCACAUGUCAUUCUCCUCGAACGCUGUGUCUGUAACGGCAGGAUCGGGUCUAACUUUUUUGUGUCAGUUUGCAGAGGUUACUCUGUGUGUGUGUGUGUGUG